UGAAUGUUUUUACAGACUGAGACACCCAGAGGCGGUGUGAGCUCGGUGCAGCUCCGCCAUAUAAAAGCAGCCAGACACAGUUGGAGUAACAGAGGACAUGCUUGUGCAAUGUUACAGCGAGGCUGCUUGUUCUUGUUCUGUUUCUUCACAGGUUCAGUUGCAGAACGAGGAAACUCUUCAGGUGGAACAGUCCUCUCACUUUGGUAAAACACAAGAAGAUAUCAAGAGCUGCCUGGAUUACUUUAUUUUUAAAAGUUGCUUCAGUUAUGAGUAAUUGUCAAGAUCAGAGCAUUCCUGAUCAUAUCCAUGGAUUUAACAUUUCAAAGUACCUUUUCACCCAGAGGAACCACAUCGGGCCCAAAGCUCGGCGGUGAUGCUGGCCAUGCAGCAUUACAACUCUUCAGGCAUCACUGCCCCCUUCCCCCUGUCCAACCACACCAGCAUGGUGCAGGACCCUGACCCAGCAAACGACACCACCCGUCUAGUAAUGAAGUCUCCCAUAUCGGCCUGCCUCACCAUGACUCUGGGCAUCCUGUUCAACGUGGUGGCCCUCGUCAUCCUCGCCAAGGCCUACAACCGUUUCCGCCGGCGGUCCAAAGCCACGUUCCUGCUGUUCGCCAGCUCCCUGGUGGCAACAGACCUGGCCGGACAUGUCAUCAACGGAGCCCUCGUAUUGAAAAGGUACUCAGAAAGGGGAGGAGAUCCCUCAAACCCAGACAUGCCUUGUCUGUUCCUGGGAGGUUGCAUGGUGUUCUUCGGCCUCUGCCCUCUCUUCCUGGGCUGUGCCAUGGCCGGGGAGCGCUGCCUGGGCGUCACCAGGCCGCUGCUGCACGCUCGCCUGGUGACCACGGCACGGACCAAACUGGCGCUGGCCCUGAUCUGGCUGCUGGCUUUAUCUGUGGCCUUUCUACCCUUCUUCAGCCUGGGUGCCUACACUUACCAACACCCAGGGACGUGGUGUUUUAUCAGGGUGAUGGAGGACACCAAGGCCACAGAUCUGGCCUUUGUGACGCUGUUCUCUGGACUGGCUCUGAGCUCUCUGGCCUCAGCCUUUGUGUGCAACACCAUCAGCGGGAUCACACUGGUGAGAGCUCGGCUAAAGAAGAGGUCGUGCACCCAACGCUGCUCUGCCAGGUCCCACGACACAGAGAUGGUGGUCCAGCUGGUUGGGAUCAUGGUCACCUCCUGCAUCUGCUGGAGCCCUCUGCUGGUGUUUGGACUGAUGUCAGCCACACGCUCCUACAGUGGUCUCAUGGACAGUGACAGAGAGACUUAUAGGGGACUGAUGAUAACAGGGGUCAGGAUGGCAACCUGUAACCAGAUCCUGGACCCGUGGGUCUACAUCCUACUGCGACGCGCAAUCCUCAGGAAGAUCUACCGCAUUACGAAAAGACAGGCCAGUUUCAAGAGUAGCAUGUUCCAUUCUGUUCGCUGGGAUGUCAACUCCUACCAGAACUCAGAGAAAAAAGGUGUUCCAAAGAUUUAAAUGGACUCGGAGAGGAAGAAAAGGGACCUGUCGGCGGGAUCACCACUGAGUCCAGCAUCUACCAUCUGGAUCCAAAUUCAGUGUGAAAAGUUCUCUUUUAAUCCACCCUGGUUUAUGUGUAUGAAGUAUAUGUGUUGGGAUCCAAAGUGGGUAAAAAUUUAAUUAAUUGCUCCAGAUUUGAAUCAUCACUGACCAGCUUAUGAUAAACUCUUGGGUUUGUACGUAAAGUAUGAGCUAAUGUUACACUACAUAUAAAAAAAGCUCCAACUCAUUAUAAACUGCUAAUAUCAGAAUGCAACAUAACCAAAAUGCAGGACGUGUUUGCAUGGCAGUGUGUCCUCUAUGAGAGAAGAUGUAAAUAUAAAAUAAAUGUUGGUUAGCUGAAAUGAAGACUGAGUUUAGUCUUAAAGCAAACAUCUCAACCCAAAGUUUGGUCUGUUUUGUUCUGUGACACAAUGUAAAGUCAAUGAAUUGUAUAAAUGCCCACAUAAGGGAGCCAAAGAGCAGUUUGUGCUUUUACCUCAGCUUGAAGAUGUGAAAAAACACCACAUGUGUGUCCAUUGUUGUGACAUGAAUGUGUGUGUGUGUGUG